UUUGUCUUAGAUCACAUUUUACAUAGUUUAAGAUCUAAGACAUUUGUAUCUUGUAUUGAACUCUUUAGUCAUUAUUGAUUAGUUCAUACAUUUUUUACAAUUCAUGUUUCUUAUAAAUGUGUAUUUCUAAAAUUUUAAAACAAGAUUAAUAGCUAAAGAAAUCUAUUCUAAAAUGAACUUGAGGUGUCAAAAAAUCAAAAACUAUGCGAAAACUGUUUUCAACAGUUAUUGUUCUAGUAAUGAAUUACUCUAUGCUACACAGAUCAAAAAUACCACAACAGUGUGUACUAAUCACUUGACUCCAGAAAUUAAGUUGUAUUUGAUAAAUGAUCAAUGUAAAUUAUGGCACUUACCUGUUGAUCAAUGUCCAUUUAAUGAUCCAUUUUGGGCAUUUUAUUGGCCUGGAGGUCAAGCUAUUUCCAGAUUUAUAUUAGACAAUUAUCAAUAUGUCAAAAAUAAAACAGUAUUAGAUGUUGGUAGCGGUAGUGCUGCAUGUUCUCUUGCUUCAGCUAUGGCAGGUGCCAAUGAAGUAACAGCUAAUGAUAUAGAUCCUGUUGCAUGUGUAGCAGCCAAACUCAAUGCACAGUUGAAUGGUGUUAAAAUAAAUAUAUUAUCCAAGAACAUUUUAUUUGAUGAUUGUUCAAAUUGGGAUGUUAUCAUUGUUGGAGAUAUGUUUUAUUCGAAUGAUAUAGCUGACGUAUUGUGGAAAUGGCUAGAUUCAUUACGUGUUUGUGGGAAGACUAUACUCAUUGGUGAUCCAGGUAGACAUUGUUUUAAACCUAAUCAUCAUUUACAAGAACGUUUAAAAAAACUUGAAGAAUACAAAUUGACAGAAAAUUGUUGUUUAGAAAAUCGAGGAUUCGCAACUGCAUCUGUUUGGAUGUUAGACUGAAAUUAUUAAGAGUUAGAAUUAAAUUAACAUUUAUUUUGUACAAUAUAAUAAAAAAUUUGUCAAAAUUUAUAAGGUA